GUGGUUGUGGAAUGGUGUUUGCUUGUGAGCGCGUACAUUUGGUUCUAUACACCUAGUGAAAAUGGACUGUUCGGUUGAAGUGCGGCCCUUACUUAAACUCUGCAAGGUUCAGGCGCUUCUGUGGGACCUCUCAGGUGCCCAUGUCACCACUGAAUGUACGUCUUCAAGAAUUAAGAUCGUCAUGAAUGCAAAAGACUAUGGUGGCAGCUGCGUUCAGACAGAGCUGGUUUUCCCCGAUGACAUUGUGUUCGAUGUCGAGUCUAUGACGAACCCCCAAGAAACCAGGGUUCUCAGGGACCGUAAGUGCGUCCAGCCGAUGCCAUGCCGAGAACUGACGUUCAACGUGCGUUUCCACAAGGCGGCCGGCUCAGACUCUGAGCAGAAGAUGGAGCCUUUCGUCGAACCUGCAGUUGUCGCUGGAACCCUCUACUGCUUUCAGUGCGUGGAAUGCGCUACGGGGAUUCUCGGCGGAGGAGUAAAAUUUCGCAGAGUCCUGCCGCUGCCAUCCGAUGAUUGGAAAGAGGCUGUGGGUGAAUGGUUUUGUCACAAGCAUGAAACUGCAAGCAGCGAUAUCCUCCCCGAUGUUCUCUCGCCGAAACCGGACGAGCUGUUCACGUCCGCAGCUCACUUCAUUGUGCACGACAAAAGAGUUCGAGAAGGCGACUUCGACGAGGGAGACGGAAGACUGCGCUGUGGCAUUUGUCACAUUGUGGUUGGGAGAAAGGCGACUCCAUCGUCCACAGCAUUGUUUACGACCCGCGUGACAGUAACGCCUGUCAACAAAGAGGAUGGCAGCACCAUCGGAGGCGUCGACGCGUCUCACCUACUGAGAGGCCUCAUCAGAGAGCGGCUGCAGCUAAGCAUGACCUGCAGGAUUGUGCUGGCUUCCGACAAGCAGGUCCUGCUGCUGUGGCUGAUGGAGACGGGCCUGCAGCACUUCUACGCCAGAGAGGUCCAGGGUAAAGAAGUGCGUGUCGACCUGCAGGUGGGCAGCAAGCUGCUGUACUUGGAAACUGAUGCCUCAGACGCUGCCGUGACCAGCUGGAAGGAGGACCCCUUAGUUGGCGAGUGCCAACUUGAACCGGAGGUGAUGGAGGACACCGUGCGCUACCUCCGCACGAGCUGCACCUCUAUGGGUGCCACCUUCGAGCGCUUCCAUGUUAUUUUCUUACCAGGAGUGGCGGCCCCGCCUUAGCCUCUUCUGUGUACAUGUGUGUGUGUGUGUGUGUGUGUGUGUGUGUGUGUGUGUGUGUGUGUGUGUGUGUGUGUGUGUGUGUGUGUGUGUGUGUGUGUGUGCGCGCGCGCGGGGACUCUCGCCUGAAUAAAGUUUGGGCAGUUUCUUU